GUCAGAAUAGCAUAAAUAAUAUGGGGCAGGAACCUCAAUCAUCUCUCUCUUCUUUUUUUUUCUUUUUGAGUCAUUACCAUUCCUCCCUUCCAUUACAACAUAAAACUAAGCUUUGCUAACAUGAGCUUCACUCAGGACGACAUUCAUGCCAUCAACACCAUUCGUGUGCUCGCUGCUGACACUGUCUUCAAAAGCAACUCUGGUCACCCCGGUGCUCCCAUGGGUUGCGCUCCAAUGGCUCACUUGCUUUUCUCGCGUUUUAUGAACUACAACCCCAAGAAUCCCAAAUGGGCCAAUCGCGAUCGUUUCGUUUUGUCGAACGGACACGCUUGCGCAUUGCAGUACAUUCUCUUGCACUUGAUGGGCUACAAUGUCACCAUGGAUGAUUUGAAAGCCUUCCGUCAGCUUAACAGCAAGACCCCUGGCCAUCCCGAGUCUCACAUUACUGAGGGUAUCGAGGUCACCACCGGUCCCUUGGGUCAAGGCUUCGCCAACGCUAUUGGUUUAGCCAUUGGAGAGGCUCAUAUGGCUGCCACCUUUAACAAGCCUGACUUUGAACUCUUUAACAACUACACUUUCAUGAUCACUGGUGAUGGCUGCUUGCAGGAGGGUGUCUCCUGUGAGGCUGCUUCCCUCGCCGGACAUCUGCAAUUGGGCAAGCUUAUUGCUCUCUAUGAUGACAACCACAUUUCAAUUGACGGUGAUACCGAAGUCUCGUUUACCGAAGAUGUUGCCAAGCGCUUUGAAGCCUAUGGCUGGCACGUUGUCGUUGUCAACGAUGGUAAUAGCGAUUUGGAGGCUAUUGCUAACGCCAUUGAGGAAGCCAAGAAGGUCACAGACAAACCCACUCUCAUCAAGAUCCGCACUAUCAUCGGUUUCGGCUCCAUGAUCCAGGGAACCGAGAAAGUUCAUGGAUCACCCCUCAAGGCUGAUGAUAUCGCUCAGUUGAAGAAGGCCAUGGGCUUCAAUCCCGAGGAGUCCUUCGUUGUCCCUCAGUCGACUUAUGACAUCUAUCAUUCCAAGGCUGCCAAAGGCACCGCCCUCAACCAGGAAUGGGAUGCUCUUCUAGAGAAAUAUAAUGCCGAAUACCCAGAGCUCGGUGCUCAACUAAAGCGUCGUCUGAACAAGGAGCUGCCCCAGGACUGGACUAGUGCUCUUCCUCGUUUCACUCCCGCUGACAAGCCCGUUGCCACACGUAAAUUGUCCGAGGCUGUUUUGAAUAAGGUUGCGGAUCUCUUGCCCGAGCUGAUGAUCGGAUCUGCUGAUCUGACUGGAUCGAACUUGACCCGCUGGAAGACUGCUGUUGAUUUCCAACCCGAGAAUACUGGCAUUGGUCACUACUCUGGCCGCUACCUCCGCUAUGGUGUCCGUGAACAUGGUAUGUCUGCCAUUAUGAAUGGUUUGGAUGCCUAUGGUGGAAUCAUCCCUGCUGGCGCCACUUUCCUCAACUUUAUCAGCUACGCUUCUGGAGCAGUCCGCUUGUCUGCUCUCUCUGGACACCGUGUCAUUUAUAUCAUGACUCAUGACUCCAUUGGCCUUGGAGAGGACGGUCCUACUCAUCAGCCCAUCGAGACCAUGGCCAUGAUCCGUGCUACCCCCAACCUCGUCGACUUGCGCCCCGCUGACGGUAACGAAACCUCGGGUGCUUAUCUCUUUGCUAUUUCUACCAAAGAUCGUCCUUCGGUCUUGGCCUUGACUCGUCAGGAUUUGCCACAGCUUGAGGGCUCCUCCGUUGAAAAAACCCUUCAUGGAGGAUAUGUUCUCCAAGAAGUCGAAGGCGCUGAUGUGACUCUUGUUGGUACUGGAUCAGAGGUCUCACUCUGUGUGGAUGCUGCCAAGUUGUUGACCGAGAAGGGCAUCAAAGCCCGUGUUGUCUCUAUGCCUUCGACGACUUUGUUUGAUGAGCAAUCUCACGACUACAGGGCAUCAGUUUUGAUCGACGGUGUCCCCACUGUUUCGGUUGAGGCCAUGACCACUUUUGGUUGGGAUCGCUAUGCUCAUGAGUCCAUCGGUAUCGAUACUUUUGGUGCCUCAGGUCCUUAUAAAGAAGUUUACAAGCACUUUGGCCUUGUUCCUGAUGUUGUUGCCAGCAAGGUUGAGAAGAUUGUUGCAUUCUACAAGAAGGAGGGCCAUGUUCCUUCUCUUGUCCGCAAGUACUUUCACUAAACUGUUUCCUUUCUUCCAUCACUCAUAUCCUUUUACUUAAAUUGGUGUCUCAUAAUAAAAUGACUUGUAAAUACACU